GGCCCCUGGGAAAAACAGAGCCAAGAAGAUGGAGGAAGAAUGGGAGUGAGGAGGGGAUGCAGAGCAUGGCGCCGGCUCUGCGCUGCGCGUGCGCACUGGCCCUGCUGUGCCUGGUGCCGCUUCGGCUGUGGCCCCGGGCUGCGCUGGGGGAGGAGCUGCAACUGCGGGAGCCCCCCGAGCCCAGGGCGGCCGACUGGAUGUCCAACUUCGCCCACUUCAACAAGUACCUAGAGAAGCUCUUCAACAGCAGCUUGAAGUCUAAGGACACCAAGAAAUCUAAAAACGUUAAAAACCCCAAGAAAGCCGCGAACACCACAAAAACCGCACCAGCAAACACCGUGAAACCCCUCCCGGGGAAUGCUACGAACCCCCCCCAGCGGACCGCUGGGAAACCCCAACCGCCGCUGUCCUCCCAGGGCCCCAGGUAGGAGAGCCUGGGCAAGCUGGCACCGAUCCGGAGCCACAGAACUGGGGGCAGCUUGGGCUGGAACGAGAGGAAGCCCUGGGGGAAGGGGGGGGAUACCAGGGCCCCAGGGACUUCCUUCUCCAGGCAGGGCCCACACCUCAGAUGCCUGACUCAAGUCUCCUGGCCCACCGACCCCCUUUGUAUCCUCAAAGGAGCCUUAAUUCCUAUCUGCCCACCUCCCUCACUCCCCCUCCCCCCCAGAACAAUAAAGAUAAAUAUCUCUA